CCGCCUCCCCCCUCCGCAGUGCCGGGCGGCGCCGGGCCGGACGGAGCGCAGCGGAGCGAGCGUGCCCUGAGCCCCCGCCAUGAGCCCCCUCAGCCUCCUCGCCCCCGCGCUGCUCGGGGCCCUCCUGGCGGCCGCCGGCCCCACCCAGUUCUUCCGCGAGGAGUUCGGGGAUGGAGACGCCUGGAGCAGCCGGUGGGUGGAAUCCAAGCACAAACCCGACUACGGGCGCUUCGUGCUCACCGCCGGCAAGUUCUACGGCGACGCCGAGAAGGACAAAGGCAUCCAGACCAGCCAGGACGCGCGCUUCUACGCCCUGUCGUCGCGCUUCGAGCCCUUCAGCAACCGCGACAGGACGCUGGUGCUGCAGUUCACCGUGAAGCACGAGCAGAACAUCGACUGCGGCGGCGGCUACGUCAAGCUCUUCCCGGCCAGCCUGAGCCAGGAGGACAUGCACGGCGACUCCGAGUACAACAUCAUGUUCGGCCCCGACAUCUGCGGCCCCGGCACCAAGAAGGUGCACGUGAUCUUUAACUACAAAGGCAAGAACGUGCUGAUCAACAAGGACAUCCGCUGCAAGGACGACGAGUUCACCCACCUGUACACGCUGGUGGUGCGGCCGGACAACACGUACGAGGUGAAGAUCGACAACGCCCGCGUGGAGUCGGGGAGCCUGGAGGAGGACUGGGACUUCCUGCCCCCCAAGAAGAUCAAGGACCCCGAGGCCAAGAAACCCGAGGACUGGGACGAGCGGGCCAAGAUCGACGACCCCGAGGACACCAAGCCCGAGGACUGGGACAAGCCCGAGCACAUCCCCGACCCCGAGGCCAAGAAGCCGGAGGACUGGGACGAGGAGAUGGACGGGGAGUGGGAGCCCCCCGUCAUCCAGAACCCCGAGUACAAGGGCGAGUGGAGGCCGCAGCAGAUCGACAACCCCAACUACAAGGGCAAGUGGGUGCACCCCGAGAUCGAGAACCCCGAGUACAGCCCCGACCCGCUGCUCUACGCCUACGACAGCUUCGGCGUCAUCGGCCUCGACCUCUGGCAGGUCAGGGGGGGCCCGGGGGCUGCCACCCUAAAACCAUGCAGCAGAGACCCGGGGAGGGGGCACAGGAGGGACGCCUGGAGCAGCCGGUGGGUGGAAUCCAAGCACAAACCCGACUACGGGCGCUUCGUGCUCACCGCCGGCAAGUUCUACGGCGACGCCGAGAAGGACAAAGGCAUCCAGACCAGCCAGGACGCGCGCUUCUACGCCCUGUCGUCGCGCUUCGAGCCCUUCAGCAACCGCGACAGGACGCUGGUGCUGCAGUUCACCGUGAAGCACGAGCAGAACAUCGACUGCGCCUGA